GCUUAGCUUAACAUUGGUCACCACACCAACGCAAGCACCUUCGUUAGCCUCGCAUUCCAGAGUUCGCGUUUUGACCUACAGCACCACACCAACCAAAUCUCCCACUCGUGUUGUAGCCGCCUCUUCCUUCCAUCAAUGGCGGAACCUGCUGUCGAAAACUCUCCUACUCUCGCUGAGCAAUAUUAUGUGAAGGACAAGCAGGAGGAAAAAGUUGUAGUUGAGAAACCUGUUGAAGUUAAAGAAGUUGAAACCCCUAAAGAGGUUGCUCCUGAGGAAACUGUGGUUGAGAAAACUGUGGAAGAAACAACACCUGUUGCACCUGCAGUUGUCGAGGAAAGCAGUGAAGUCCCCCCUUCUGCUGAAGAAAGCACUGAAGUGCAAACUAGUGAGAGUGUUGAAGAAGAAAACUCUGGUGAUCAAGAAGCAGCUGAAGAGACCCCAGAAAUUAAGCUUGAGACUGCUCCAGUAGAUUUCCGUUUUCCAACUACAAAUCAAACAAGACAUUGCUUUACCCGAUACAUUGAAUAUCAUCGAUGUGUAGCUGCAAAAGGAGAUGGUGCACCUGAAUGUGACAAGUUUGCGAAAUAUUAUCGUGCUCUUUGCCCUGGUGAAUGGGUUGACAGAUGGAAUGAACAAAGGGAGAAUGGGACAUUCCCAGGCCCGCUGUAGGUGUUACAUUUGCAGUAUUACAUUUUAAAAUUGCUAGAGAUAAACUCUCGAACAUUUGGAAGAAUGUUCCAUGUUACGUUUCGGGCUAAUAAGAAGUUUUGGUUAUCUAUUUAAACUAAACUUGAGUUGUACAAAUUCCAGGAAAUGCUUCUGGUGAUAAUCCUGAGAUAUGCGUUGCUAUUUACUGGAUUCUGUACUCUUUUUGAGGGAUUGUUAA